CGGAACAGGCGGAGGAGGGGGGGGGGGCGCGCGCUGAAAAAGGGUCAGCCGGUCUGCAAGGGCGGCGGCGGCGCAGCUCCGCUCCCCGCGCGUCUUCGUCCCCGCGUCCAAGCAGGGCGCGCAGCCCCGCUGCCCGAAUGCGGCCGCCCGCCCGCCGCUGCGCGCUCCUGGCACGGCUUUGGCUCCUCACCUGCUCGCUGGCUUUUGCAUUGGCUUCUAAAGAUGUAAAGGAGGUCACACCAUCUAAGAAUUUGGAGAAAAGUGGUAUAUCAAGGAAAAAUGACAUAGAUUUGAAAGGAAUUGUGUUUGUCAUCCAGAGUCAAAGUAAUUCUUUUCAUGUAAAAAGAGCAGAAGAGUUAAGAAAAAGCAUCUUACAGCAAGCUGCAGAUCUUACCCAGGAGCUCCCCAGAGUCCUUCUGCUUCAUGAGCUGUCUAAGCAGGAAGGUGCAUGGACCAUCCUUCCACUGUUACCGCACUUUUCUGCAACAUAUAGCAGAAAUUCAUCAUGGAUUUUCUUCUGUGAAGAAGAGACAAGAAUACGAGUUCCAGAACUCUUAGAAACACUCAGAAGAUAUGAUACCUCAAAGGACUGGUUUUUAGGAAAAGCAUUACAUGAUGAAGAAUCUACAAUAAUUCACCAUUAUGCCUUUUCUGAAAAUCCUACAAUUUUUAAAUACCCGGACUUUGCUGCUGGCUGGGCCCUUAGUAUUCCACUUUUAAACAAGCUUACCAAGAGGUUAAAGAGUGAGGCCCUGAGGUCCGACUUUACAAUAGAUUUGAAACAUGAGAUCGCCCUCUACAUCUGGGACAACGGUAACGGACCUCCCCUUACUCCAGUGCCUGAGUUGUGUACAGAUGGCAUGGACGCCCACUGUGCUACCACAUUCCACUCUUCCCUCCCCCUGUGUGGAAAUCCAGUGAAGAAGGAGGAUAUUUUUGUUGCAGUAAAAACGUGCAAGAAAUUUCAUGAUGAUAGAAUCCCCAUUGUAAAGCAGACGUGGGCGGGUCAGGCCAGUCUCAUUGAAUACUACAGUGACUAUGCAGAAAGUUCCAUUCCUACAGUGGACCUGGGAAUUCCUAAUACAGACAGAGGUCAUUGUGGAAAGACAUUUGCCAUUUUGGAAAGAUUUUUGAAUCACAGCCAUGGAAAAAUAGCAUGGUUAGUCAUUGUGGAUGAUGAUACAUUAAUAAGCAUCUCCAGGCUCCAGCACUUGCUUAGCUGCUACGAGUCCGGUGAACCAGUGUUCCUGGGAGAGCGCUAUGGCUACGGUCUGGGCACUGGCGGCUACAGCUACGUCACGGGAGGAGGAGGAAUGGUCUUCAGCAGAGAAGCCAUCAGGAGACUUCUUGCCAGUAAGUGUCGUUGCUACAGCAAUGAUGCUCCCGAUGACAUGGUCCUGGGGAUGUGUUUCGGCAGCCUGGGAAUCCCUGUGACACACAGCCCCCUCUUCCACCAGGCCCGGCCCGUGGAUUACCCUGAGGACUACCUUUCUCAUCAGGUUCCCAUAUCCUUCCAUAAACACUGGAACAGUGACCCAUUGAAGGUUUAUGUCACGUGGUUGGCACCCAUCAAGGAAGACAAAGCCAGGCCAGAGACACGAAAAGGCUUUGAAGAUGAGUUAUAAAGCCUGGGGACCUAGGAGCACAAACCGAAGCCCAGACUCUAGCUUCCGCCUGUGGGCUGUCCAUGUGCUACUUGGCGUAUGCCGCAGAAGCUUCCUGACUUUUGGUGGAAAUCCUGUAUGUGGUAUUUUUUGAGGGGGGAGGAAACAGAAUCAUAAAGGAAACUUUCUUUUCCUGGAAAAAUCACUUGCUUUUGCAUUCUGCAUUGUUGUACUACACAAUGAUUCCUGUGUGGUUUUCAAGCUGUGGCACAGCAGCUUUAUUACUCUCACGGGAAAAUAAAUAGCACCAGAAGUCUCCUUUCUGUUCCUUCUCUUCAUUUUAAUGAAGGUUUCAGUGGGCAUGAGACCAGAGAGAUAUGACUGUUUAUCAUUCUGUAUGGGUGCGUGUGUGUGUCCGUGCAUGCACGUGUAGAGAGAGAGAGAUGGAGAGAGAGAGAAGGAACAUUGAUUGACAUGGAUAUUACCGUGGUGUGAACUUGUAACUGUAUUGUUGAUGGUGAAAAUUAUUUGUUGGUUACCUGAUAGGAAUAAUGCCAUACUAGGGAUGAUUCAUAAAACACCUUAAAGAGUCUAGCUAUGAAAUUCCCCAUAGUCUGUAAUCAGGGUUGUUAUGUUUUAUCUCUUUUUCUGUUUGUGCCUCAUAAAAAAAAGAAGUCUUCUGUGGGGACUUUUCACUUCUUUAGUGGUUCUUCUGUGUCCUGUUUCUCCCUGAAGCGCUAUCUUUUCUUGCUUGCUUGUAACAGGAAAAUGUGCUGGAUGCUGCCAGGAAAUUGUGUCCUCAGUAUUUAAAAACAAAGUUGUCAUGUUUUAUUUAAGUCAGUGAGCUCUAUGUAAGUCUCUGGAAUUGAAUUAAAUUAAUUUUUACCUGAUGUUUUGCUCUUUUUUUUUCUUUAAAUGUUACUUAAUGACUCUCUUGACUCAGAAUAGGUAUCCCUUCUCAGGUACCAUGAAACCCAAUUGGAAGGACAGCACGGUUGAUUUGCCAAUUUUCCUGAGUUCUUAAAGAAUAAAAUUUGAACAUAAUAUUGUGAAACAGCUCUAAUUUUCAAAUUAUAUCUUUAAUAUAUAGUGAUUUAACACAUUUACUAUUAAUUUGUAUAAAGUAUUCUGUCAUAUGAUGUUUUAAUUACAUAAUUCCAUUUUCUAAAGAUAUUUGCAGAAAAUUUGACUUUGAUACGUCUUAAACUAAUUUUGGUAUAGCAAAAUACUUCUUUUCUUUUUU